AUGAAGGGACGAGUUCCCAAGCCGCGGGCCUGCCGCUCUCAUCUCAAACUGCCCAAGGCACCGCAAAAGAAGCGGCUGGACACUAUUGCAAGCAGGGCUCUAGAGCUUCCACCGGGCCGCGGAGGUCGUUCUCCAGCGGGUGGAGGUGUCGCGCAAGACACGACGCUCUUGCAGUCCAAACGGCCACUGGACCCAGCAUCUACGAACGAUUCCUCGCCUGCAAAGAGAGCGCGGUUGACGCGGACGGACAUACAUAGAGGACCCCCGAGGCGUAGUGCAAGACUUCAAGGACAGCAACCAGCCAGCAGUGGGAAUUCUGUUCCGCCAUCGAGAGCUUCUUUCGGACGGCAAAUCGAAGCAGGUGUUGGGACGUCAUCGUUGAAGCGACCGGGAUCGACGAGAAGGAAUCCACAAACCCAAGCGGAGGACGAGCAAUUAGAGCAGACCAUCGAGACUGCGCAGCAGCCAAAGACCCCCAGGCGACCAUCCAACUCGCUUCUCAAAGCCAGAGUCGAGGAACAGGGGCGAGUCUCAUCAGCCACGCUAUUGCGGAAACAGCAGAUCGACAGCGAAGGCGGCGGCAACGAACAACAGCUAAAGCGGGCGCGAUUGACAAGGGAAAACUUAGCCGAGUUGGACAAUAUGGUAAAGAAGGGAGCCAAUAAGACGUUAGCCCCUACUGCCCCGGAAUCCACUGUCGCAUCAACAUCAAUAAAGACGACAACAAAGACUACUUCAUCAACAACGUCUGGCUUUGCUAUCCAUGCCUAUAAGAAUGGCAUCCUUGACCCCGUUAGCUCCAAGCCGCCUGAGAACCUUGAGGAUAUCCGCGAGCGAGCCGUUAGAUCCCGUGCAACCGCUUCGCCCACUGAGUCAGAUUACAGGCGCUAUGUGAACAGAGUCGAGGUAGCCCCUAACGAAGCCACAAUGGUUGUUGAGGUCAGCGGGCAGCUCCUGAAGAAGUAUGAUGACGAAGGAUACCACCAAGUAUUUAACCAGGCAUUCACGGGCUUUCCAAAAGACGUUGGCUUUAAUAAUGGCUUGUCUGUUCCGCAGCCUGACUUUAUUGAGGGGCUUGGGAUGCGAGAGUUCCGCCCGUUCCCGGUUGAUGAGCAUGUCAGCGGGGCCGUUUUUUAUAAGGAUAGCCCGCAAUCUUUAACACUACCACAUUUGGUCGGGGAGUGCACUGGAAAGGAUAUGGCAGAAGCGAAGCUACAGAGUGCCUAUGACGGAGCGGCUCUUGUUUAUGCGAGGAACCAGGCCCUUUCUUAUAUCGGAAAACCUGAUCCGCUAGGCCAUGCAAAAGUCACUACCUUCACCACGGAUGGUACUAAUCUUAACCUGUAUGCACAUUAUGCUGCCCCAUUGCCGGACGGCACGCUUGAAUACCACCAGUAUCCCAUUAAGUCAAUAAAUCUCAUAGACUCUCACCAAGGGCUUAAAGACGGCCGAAGAGGGCUUAGGAAUGAACAGGACUAUGCGAGGAAACAGUCGUAUGCCAUGAGGGAUCAGCUAAAGGAGCACUGGAAGCAGCGGAGCAGUGCUCUCCACCCAAUUGCCGAAAGAGCUUCCCCGUCUGUUGCUGAUAGCACUUUUAGGGAGACGAACGCAGACGAAACUGGGUACGUAGUGGUUGAGCAACCCUGCCAGCCCACUCCAGCGGCGUCAAGCUCUGUCUUGUCAUCCAAGUCGGCCCCACCUGUGUAUGACUACGUCUCCUGUAGCAGUGGCCACAAACGGAAGGCUUCGUCAUCGCAAAGACCUCACGGAUCAUCCAAAUCAAAAAGCAAGGCUCAAGAGUAUUGGAAAUGGGACGCAAAAAGGGGCCAAUACUUCCAUAAGCAUUCCGACGGUAAAGUCACCUGGCUUGAGGAUUCUGACGAUGAAAAUUGA